AUGGUUGAUUUAACUUUAAGCUCCUCACCUGAAAAGGUGCGCCAACCGGCUAGUCUUAUUAUGGCGCCGAAACCAGUGCAUCCACGUGCCGUUCGCACGCAUGGCUUCUUCGGCGUUUCAUAUGUGCGCCAACACAUGGUGGUCGACGAUCGUUGGACACCAACUUCGCUGACAGAGCAGUUCAAGGGCAUGGCUGAUUUGUUAUCAAAGCGUUUGGUAUUUAAAAAACUCGAAGCAGCCGCUAACCACAAGCGUUACGUACGCGAGAAUCGCAAUUUGAAGCGUCAAUGUCGCGAUGGCCGCACUAAGCUCUCCAAUGUACUCUAUGGCGACAAUACCAAGAAAAUUAGGAAUUUUCUGAUCAAUCACAAGGAUAUGCAACGUUUGUAUCAGAAAAUGCCCGUAGAGUUGGUGGUGGACAAUAUAAAUCAGCGUACGUUUGUGAUGCGCAAGGAGCGAGAUCGUUUGAAGUUUCGUUUGGAUCAAUUGAAAAAUGUUUAUAAGGAUAAGUUGCUUGAACGCGCUGUCCUAGAGAAUCGCAUCAAGUACGAGAAUGAAUUUGUGUUGGAAGAAGAGCUCAAAUCGCGAGUAUUUCGCAAGAAAAUUGAAAACUCCAAUGUGCGCUUAAAAGCGAUUAAAACCAUAAAUGGCACCUAUAGGAAAAUGAUUCAAGUGCUGCGACACGAUGGCAUCUUCUACGAGCCAAUCUUGCGCUCGCUUAGCCAAGACAUUGAAGAUCAGGCGAAUUUUAUUAAGCAUAUUCUGUACUUGGGCAUGCCAGCGAUUGCGAAAUUUAAGGAACUCAGUGAAGAGUAUAGGCAAAUGGAGGAUAAAUCGCGUAAAAGCAUGCAAUCGAAAUUGCAAAUGAUGUCACAAUAUCGCAAAGAUGCCAAACGAUCGAGUUUACCCAAGCAAACGAUCAAAAGCGGAGAUCCCAUAUCGAAGGCUAAACGUUAUGUACGUGAAACGACAAGCAUGAUGUUCCUCAAGAAUGAGUUGGAAGUAAUUGAGAAUACAAUAAAACAAGUAAAAUUCGCCACGCUCUGUUCGCAAGCCAAAGAAAUCUAUCCGAGAAUAAAAUCUCAAAUGGAAAAUAAUAUCAAGCUGAAUAAGAUGAUCGAAAACGAUAUGCUGGGCCAUCAAACGCUGGAGAUGAAGAUGAAACGCGCUGAAGUAUUAGAGGGCAUAUUGGUGAAUAGCUUGUCAGAGCAGGAAAUAGGUCGUAUGGAGCGUAUACGUGAACUGAAGGAUGCCAUUAAAGCGGAGGAUAAGGAGGAGGAAAAAAUGAUUGCAUAUAUAAAAAAUCGUGCCGAUGCCUAUGUCAUGUUGCGCUUUUCAUUGUGGAAUUUAAAUGAGAUUCUUCGACAUGUCGAUCGCACCGAUAAACUAUCGCGUAUGAAAUAUCCAAAUUCAUAUUUACGCUUGCCUUUGCUGAAAUUUGAGAUGUUGACGAUGCGCGCAUGCGCACCAGAACCGUAUGAGGAGAACAUUGACACUAUUAUGCAUACGGUUAUCCGUAAGGUCCACAAAUUAAUGAGCGCCUACAAGGAGGAUGUGCCAGCUGACGCAUUGAAGCAGUUUGUUAAUAACUAUCAGGAUAUAUUCCUCGAAAACAUGGAAAUUGAAGAUAUUGGCGAUAGUGCAGAAGUGCAGGAACACGACGACGAUGAAGAAGAUAUGCUACAGGAAUCCAAACCAUUGCAUAAUGUACUGAAUCGCAAACAGAUUAAAGCGCAAAGUGCCAAAUUGGUCGAAGAGCUGUCGAAGAAGGAAGAUUAG